AUGUCCCUUUUGCAGAGCGAAGAUUUCACAAUCUGGCAGUUGCGCACAUCAUACCUCUCAACAAUCAAAGACGGUAUCGGCGACCGACUCAUCAACGUCAAUAACUCAGCACUCAACACCCCCGGCUUUCGUGCCGCUGGCUGGGUGCCUACAUCUGGUAGUGCGACUACAACAACUCAAGAAAGUGGCUCUCUUGUUAAGCGGACAUAUUCACCCCCUAUCCCUACGACUGCCAACGUUGCUUCGGAGUAUUAUCGAUUCGCGAGACAUACGGAGUUGAAUGAUGGGGAUGGAUUGAGUAUUGACGACGCAGAUGAAGAUGAGGGUGGGAUGGUGACUGGUGGGGGUGGAGGGAGUACCUAUGCCUUGGGAAUCAAACAUCAUGGCAAAUCCGCGCGAAAGAAUAGGCGACGUGACAGACAGGUUCCUGUCAUUCAGAGAGUGGGGGAAGGCGAGGAUGAAGAUAGCAGUGAUCUGAGUGAUGAGAGUGAUGAAGAAGGUGAUUUUACAAGAGCGGCGCAGCAAAUUAAAUUCUCCAAAAUGCCUGUACGAAAUAGGGCAGGUUCCCUACCCAUUGAAGACGGCCGAGAUACCCCAGAGGAAGUGCCAGCUGCAGGACCUGAUACGGCUUUCGAUCGUGGAUUUAGACGAAGCUCGAUGGGCGCAGUCGAAGUAGCCCAAGGACGGCCACGAGGUGAUACUGUAACGAGUAGCGAUAUGUCCGAAGGUGACAACCCUGCUCUCUUCAGACGGCGACAGAUUCAAUUCUCCUCUCAGCAUCAAGUUAUAGAAGAACCAGCAGACGACGGCGAGGCCAAUAGUGAAGCACAGUCCGGGAAUACUGGUGAUCAGGACGAGGAUUCGGCGGGUGCUUCUGUAGAUUCAGAUCUAUCGUCGGAUUUUGGUGUCACCGCAGGAUCGGCGUCUCUUUUUGCCGGUGCUGCACUGAAUGAUACCUUGGAUUCCUCACCUGCGAUGAUGCACAAAUUGCCAAAUGCAAGUUCUCAGGGUGCGUCUCCUAGGAAGGCAAAGCCGGCCACGCCUAGCUUGCAAGAACUGCCCCCACCUCGGCCUAUCAGUACUUUGCAGCCUGUGAGCUUGUUGUCAAAAGAACUAAAUGCGCGAAAGGCUGUUCCAACAAAUCCUAUUGAACGGUUUGCACCUCUAUAUGCUGCAGACUCUAAUACGGCUCUGAACAUCAAGAUAUACGCCCCCUUUUCUGAAGAUCCAGAAACUCCAUUUAACAUGCCCAUAUUCCGAGAAUCUCGCGAUCAAGGCCGUACCGGCCCGGUCACAGUGGCAGAAGCCAUUGGUCUGGCGCUAUUAAGGUAUAUAAAAGAGGGCAUAAAGCCGCCUAUUGGAGGCAGUAAAUUGAACGUGAAUCGAUGGACGCUACGCAUGGUCGAAGAUGGCGAAGUUGACUAUGAUUUCCCAGCUCUUGGUCGUCAUUUACCCUUGGCCGAUUUUACUUCCAACAAUAACCGGGCCGUGGGAAUGCGUGGACGUUCAAGAGGCAAACAAUAUGAUGAAUUUGCCCUGGUGGAAGCUACUGACGCCGAAUUUGAAGAAAACUCUCGUCUUUACCCCAAAUUCAACCCAGAGCCUGUUGCCGAGACUAAUGAAGCGGCAUCUUCAAAUCCACAGACUCCUGGCACUACUACACCACAGACUAAGGCCAUGCCUUCGGCAGUGAGGAUGAAUCCUAUUCUUGGGCAGCCGUUUUCUUCUGCUCUGAAUGGCACUACAUUGAAACCAGCGGAUAUGCCUGCGCCCACAUCGCAUGCCACACCACGUCUGGGUGUUCAGAAAACAUUAAAGGUUCGGUUCGUCAACAUUGAAGGUUCGACACAAACUACGACUGUGAAUACAGCAACGGAUAGCUACAUUGCUGAGAUACUUGAUUCGGUCUGCAAACGAUGGGGCCUAGAUAAGGGGAAUUAUCUGCUCAAAAUACAGGGUACGAAUACUGUUGCGCCGCUAGAUCGUACUGUCGAAGUAUUAGGCAACAUUUCUGACCUCGAUGUCGUCCGUCGACGGUUUGGAGCCGGUGCGUCUUUCGCGGGUUCUCCUGGCAGCGCCUCUCCGAACGCACCUCUUCAAAUCAACAAUCCGAGCCUGGCGCCUUCAAAGAAAGGUAAAAGGGGGCAUCAGAUGUUACAUCCACUUGCGCAACCCCAAAAACAGGAUCUGGUUGGUGGUUAUUAUCGUCGGUAUUACGUAUAUCGCAAACAAUCCAUGUCCUUUACGGCUUCGAAUCAGAGAGUUUUAGUCCUUGACACCGAUUACUUGCAUGUUAUGCCGGGAGAGACUGCAAAGGGAGUAUUUGAUACUACGGGAAAGACUCGCUCCAUCAAUUUCAACGAUAUUAUCGGUACCAAAGUCAGUCGAAGACAUCCAAAAAGUUUCCAGGUGGUGGUUCUGCGAGGGACAGAUGCGCAUGAGCAAAAGCGAUACGACUUUGAGGCUCGCAAUGAGGCGGAAGCAGCUGAGAUUGUGGGUGAAAUUAAGAAGAAUAUGGAGCAGUACCGGGUAUGAUAGUUCUUUUUUUUUCCCUGUCUAUUUGUGUCUUUAUGGCAUUUGUAUUUGAAUUGCAUAGGAGCGGCUGUUUGUGUAUGAUUGGCGUUUGAUAGUAUUCUCUGGGCUAUAUAUCACUUACAA